CGAACAUUGUCAAGAAAAACUUAGGACGUGUUCAUCCAAGAUCUGCCUGCCCUAUCUUUCGUUUCCGUUUUUCUGAUUUCCCCAAAUCCACCACCACCACCACCACCACCGUCUAUCUCCGUCACUACACCACCGCCAACGUCUAUCUGCACGGCUACUUCAUUCAUUCAUCAGAGAUAUCGAUCGAUCUAGAAGGAUGGGGUUUGUACUCACAACCUUGAUUUUCGCCGCUAUCGGGAUCAUCGCGUCUCUUUGUGCCCGUAUCUGCUGCAACAAAGGACCUUCUGCUAAUCUCUUCCACCUCACUCUGGUGAUCACUGCAACCAUAUGCUGUUGGCUGAUGUGGGCAAUUGUAUAUCUGGCCCAGAUGAAUCCGCUCAUCGUCCCAAUUUUGAGCGAAGGCGAAUGAGGUUAUUUUUGUGAAAAAUAAGAUAUUAAAUUUGUUUGCUCUCUUGCAUUUGUGAAUCAAGGACUGAAAGAAACCUUAACAAAGGUUUGUAAUUGUAAACCUCCUAGGUUGGUUUGUUCCUGGGAUGAAUUUGAUUGAUGUUAAAUCCAUGUGUGUUGGACAGUGACUGAAGGCUUAAUUAUGUGAUGUAAUAAAUGACCAAUUCAAACUCAAA